AUGAGCCGCCAGCUGCACCUCUACCCCGGCAGGGAGCGCCUGGCCUUCAGCGGCGUCAUUCCGGGCCGGGUCAGCAGCUCCGCCUCGUUCCGGGCCGGCGUCAAGGGCGCGGCCGCCUUCGGCAGCAGGGGCGUCUUCAACCCCGGGGGCGGCCGGCGCCUGGCCCUGGGCAGCGGUCGGGCGGGCUCCGUGCUGGGUCCCUGCUCGGUCACCGGCGGCGGCCGCCUGGGCGGCUUCGUGGGCACCGUCUUCGGCAGCGCCGGGCUGGGGCCCGCGUGUCCGUCCGUGUGCCCGCCCGGCGGCAUCUCUCAGGUCGCCGUCAGUAAGAGCCUCCUGGCCCACCUCAACGUGGAGCUGGACCCCGAGAUCCAGAAGGUGCGCGCCCAGGAGCGGGAGCAGAUCAAGGUGCUGAACAAGUUCACCUCCUUCAUCGACAAGGUGCGGAUCCUGGAGCAGCAGAACCAGGUGCUGGGGACCAAGUGGGAGCUGCUGCAGCAGCUGGACCCGAACAACUGCAAGAACAGCCUGGAGGCCAUCCUCGAGGGCUGCACCAGCAACCUGCGCAAGCAGCUGGAGACGCUGUCCGGGGACCGGGUGAGGCUGGACUUGGGGCUGAGGAACGUGCAGGAUUUGGUGGAGGACUACAGAAAGAGGUACGAGGUGGAGAUUAACAGACGCCCAGCUGCUGAGAAUGAGUUUGUGGUGCUCAAGAAGGAUGCGAACGCUGCCUGCAUGAACAAGGUCGAGCUCCAGACCAAGGUGGACUCCUUGACAGAUGAUAUCAAGUUCUUCAAGUGCCUCUAUGAAGGGGAGACCCCUCAGGUCCAGUCCCACAUCAGUGACGUGUCCGUCAUCCUGUCCGUAGACAGCAACCGGGACCUGGACCUGGACAGCAUCAUCACCCAGGUCCGCACCCAGGACGAGCUCAUCGCCCUGGAGAGCAAGGGCGAGCUGAGUGCCAGGGCUGAUUUCUCAACUGUCCUGUGCUCCUCGUCUCUCGUCCCCCAACCUCAGAUCCAGGAGCUGCAGGUCACAGCGGACCAGCAUGGGGAUGACCUCAAACUCACCAAGGCUGAGAUCUCCCAUCUCAACCGAUGGAUCCAGAGAAUCCGAUUGGAGAUAGGGAACGUAGAGAAGCAGGUGGGUUCUCUGGAGAUGGCCAUUGCCAAUGCUGAGCAGUGGGGUGACUGGGCCCUGAAGGACGCCCAGGCCAAGCUGGAUGAGCUGGAGGCCGCCCUGCUCCAGUCCAAGCAGGAGCUGGCCCGGAUGCUGCGAGAGUACCAGGAGCUGGCCCUGAUGAGCACAAAGCUGGCCCUGGACGUGGAGAUUGCCACCUACUGCCAGCUGCUGGAGGGCGAGGAGUGCAGGAUGUCUGGUGAAUAUCCAAAUUCCGUGAGCAUCUCCGUCAUCAGCAACACCAGCGCUGGGGCAGGAGGGGCUGGCUUCAGCGUGGGCUUUGGCACCUCGAGCAGUUGCAGCUGCAAACCCUCGGCGGUGGAUGUCAAAACCAAAGUCUUCACACCCCAGGACCAUGGCAAAUAUGACUUCCAAUCUCGAUGCCCAUGA